CAGGCACUGCGUUGAUUGAUUAUUAUUAUUAUUAUUAUUAUUUUGUUUUUACAUCAUUGGAUCCUCGAAAUGAGAUUGUUCAAAUUUCAAGGCUAUGUUUAAUGGUUUCUCAAGUAUUGUUCCUAUGAUUUAUGGCUGUUUCCAUCGACGUUAGUUAUUUUCGAGAAGAUUAACUAUCGUGAAACGCCCACUCUUCGGCAAUGCACUGCACAGUACUACGGAGUUCCUUAUUCGUAUCGAAUUCUACUUCCCCGGCAGAUUUAUGAUCUGAUUUCGACUAUGGCCUCGAACGAGACAAUAGUGCUUACUCCAAAUUCGAACACAGCUUCCACGUCCCCUUCAUCAUGGAACCCGAAAUUCUCUUGUCCCCCCGACCACUUGAGAGGGCCGGCCUACGGCUGUGAACACCUUCAAGAACUACUUUCGCAUAGCCAGGAAACAAUACAAUCGUCUCUUCGAGGUUACAUUGCACUCCAACGUGCCAUAUUUACAAAGCAUUCUAUGGUUUCGCAGACCGCGAAAUUCAUUAAAGGACGAUAUGAACGGCAAUUUACCUCAUUUACCCCCACAUAUCUAUGUCUUCAAUGUCCUACGAUCUGCACCCAGGAAGAAAAGACAAGCCAUUGGAAUUCGAAGCGUCAUUCCUUCGCCGUCGAAUCAAGAUCUGGAUGUCUCUAUUGCCAUUGCUGCGAGGACUUCGUCUAUGACCCUAUGCUGGAAGAUAUAAGACUAGCCAAACAUCAACAUACGGGUAGCUUAGGGAACAAAAAGCGGAAAUACACGGAUUUUGCUUCAUCAACGGAACAUGAACGUAGCGUGGGAGCAAAUACAGAUGCUGUACCUUGCCAAGCUGCGGGACUAAGAGGUUUAUACAAUAUGGGUCAAACAUGCUUUAUGAGCGUCAUACUGCAGAGUUUGAUUCACAAUCCUCUUAUAAGAAAUUUCUUCCUCUCCGACGGUCAUAGAUCAGAUGAAUGUUCUCUGGAAAAUUGUGUCAGUUGCGCUUUGGAUGAAAUAUUUUCAGAGCUUUUCUCCAUUGAGAAAUCGGAUGGCUUUGGUGCUGUUGGUAUGCUCUAUAAGUCGUGGGCCUCGGAGCAGGCAUUGGCUGGUUAUCAACAGCAAGAUGCGCAUGAAUACUUCCAGUCUCUGCUAAACCAACUUCACUCUAGCAAUGGUGGAAAGGAAGCCGGAAUUGAUCAAUGCAAUUGUAUCGUUCAUAAACUUUUUUAUGGAAAGCUUCAGAGUACAGUCACGUGCGAGGAAUGUCAGAAUACGACAACCGCGGAGGAUCCUGUCAUGGAUCUAAGCCUUCAUUUACAAUCUCAGUUGAAGUUACCGAAGAAUAAGAGUUUUGGUUCUGUUACUGUCCCUCGGAUUGAGCUUCAGGAUUGUCUUGCAAGAUAUACCAGUGAAGAGAGGCUGGAACCAGAUGAAUAUACUUGUCAGAAUUGCCACGUCGCUCCAAAGAGAGCUGUUAAACAACUGACACUGAAGCGUCUUCCUCCUAUCCUCUGCAUACAACUCAAGAAGUUUGAGCAUUCCAGGUCCGCGGCGUUCAAAAUAGAGUCUAAAUUACACUUUCCUUUGAAGCUCGACAUGACGCCAUAUACCACUCGAUAUAGGAGUGGCUUGAUGUCUGGCUCUUUACAGGGAUCAUAUGUUUAUGAGCUUUCAAGCGUAAUUGUGCAUAAAGGGUCCUUGGAAUCCGGUCAUUACAUCUCAUAUUCGCGAGAAGGAAACGAGUGGUUUAUGUUUGAUGACAACAAGGUAACGCUAGCAUUGGAGGCCGAAGUCCUUGAAGCCGACGCAUAUCUGCUAUUUUACAUUGUUCGAGCUCUAUAGCUUUUCGCUAGAGGACUCAUGCUCGAGAUUCAGUGGCUCGAUCUGUCAGAAUCUGAUACAGUAUAUGCGUUACAAUGGUCGGCUGACGUCACAGUCUUUCCUGCUUCGUGGUCCUUUGGUCUCGGCACAACAUUCUUAAGCAAUUGUACUGCCAAUCCCUUCACGACUAGGUAUGAUCUGGGAUCUUUGUGAUGCUGAAAUAAUUGGAGGCUUGCCAAGGAAAGGGGUUCUCUUAGCAUGCUUAUAAUACAAUUGAAUAAAAAUGAAAUACUUAAAAAGGAAUAGUUUUUGAGUUGAAACUUACCGGAGCCG